UUAGUGUGGAGGGUUCAGCGGAGGAGAAACGGGCUCCUCACGGAACAACGGAGUCUGACCGGAAAACUUGCUCCAAUAGCUCUUAAGAGUACUUUUAUAUCAGUAAGGCCGAGCAGAAAAUACCCGUUUCUGUCUAGAGAAAGGUGGCAGGUGCCCCUCUUAAACCCGGGAGAUUGCACCGCUCGCAGCGUUCCAAAAAGGAGGAGAGCGCGAGUCAAGUAGCACGAGCCGGGGCACAGCGCUCACAAACCAACCGCCGCUCUACUUGUUGUUCAGUACUGACUAGUUAACCACGUUACGCUAAAGAAAAAAACUAAUACAUUGAGGGAGAAAGAUGAAAUCGACCAAAAAGGAAAGAAACGCCACUGUUUUGUCGAAGAACUAUUUGGAUCAGACCCGGGGACUCUGAAACCUUAAAAGGAGGCAGUAUUUUCCGUCUGCCAGUGUGGCGCAGUGACUCUUUGUUGCGGUGUGUGUUUAGACGGACCGGGCUCACCUAGCUAACGGAUGUUGCUCGACGAAUCAAUUGAACCACGUCCUUGCUUGAAAUAGAGUGAAUUGAAAAACGGUGUUUUUCCUAUUUUAACCUGUUGGUAGCUCUUUGUAUUGAGUUUUACCAGCCUUGCGCUCUGCUGAAACCCGACCAGACGGAGACAGAGGGAGAGAGAGAGUUAGCUUUCCACUGAUGUUAGUGUCUUUCAAUAGCCAGAAUUCACACCGAGAAGCGAGCUAUAGUCGUCUGUUUAAUAGUUAAUAAGGAUAUCUAACUUGGCUGUGUUCUGCUCGCAUAUCGGCACACAGUAUCCAGGGACUACCGGAGGAACACUCUUGAAUCAGACUUGCGGCGGGUCUAGAAAACAAGCCUGGGAUUUACAGGAUCAAUAACGAAUUGAUUUUGUUUUGAAAGCACACACAAUAAGCAAGCACUGGCGGAUAAUUUAUGCGCUUUAUUGUCAGCAGUUAAUACUGACUAAACACCCAAAUGAUCGGCUAGACAAAUCCCCGGUGAAGACAUCAAAACAACCGCGGAUUUACGGGCGAUAGCGGCUCUAAGCUGAUAAGACCAAAUCCCACUCUCUCAAAUGUAUUAAUUCUCUCCCGGGAAUCAAUCGUUAUGAAAAUGGGAUAUCAGCGGAGGGAUAAAACCACACGCCGUGAGGUGGGGAAAAGUGUCUACGAGAACGUUGUACCGGGGAACCGAACACUGGGGACUGCUGAGGGCGGAAUGUCAUCGCCCGCGGAGUUUUGGCACCCGGGGCCAGGGUGUCAACGCGAAGAACUUGUCACCGGUGUCACGGAGAGCGGCGGUGUUGUGGAGGGCUUGAGAGCAGCUCCAACGCGCCUCUUUAACGGAGAGCCCCGUGUUGCAGCAAAGCGGCGUGGCGCGUGCAUCCGAUCCUCAGGUCUGCAGGGCAGCAACACAGCACAACCGGAACGGAAUAAAGGACAUUCGCCUGGUCAUCGAAUUAUCAUGAAACAACUCCCCAGUGUGAAGACGGACGGAGGUCACACCCGCUCUACUUUCUCUAACGGAAACCCCUUCGAGAGGCGGGUAGCGCCGGCUGGAUAUGCCGCAAGGGACCGGCGAGGGACGGGGUCGGUGCCUGGGACCGCGACGACCCUCAGCAGGAGUUGUUGGCUCGUGCUCGUCCUCGUCCUCGGUAGCGGGUGCCACAUGUUGAAUGCUCAAGCGCUGCCCUACAAAAAAAUCCACUUGUCCCGGACAAGCCUUAAUGUUGAGCCCUGCAUCACCUUCAUCACCACCACCUUCACCACUGCUGCCACCACCACCUUCAUCACCAGCACCUUCACCACUUCUUCCACCACCACCUUCAUCACCAGCACCUUCACCACUUCUUCCACCACCACCUUCACCACCAGCACUGACCAGGAAGAGGAGGAGGAGGGUUGGAGCGAAAAGUGCUGAAGAUGUUACUUGUGACUUAUUUACUGUGUUCUUUCUUAUAGUUAUAAUAAGACCUUCUAUUGAUGUUGUUACUGUUUCUGAUCAUCUCCCCAUCUGAUGUUUUCAAUGAGACAAUCAGGAUGGAAAACAGACCAAACAGAUCAUGACACUUGUCAAGAUAAGAAGCUCUGUAUUUCUGAUUGAAAAUAUUCAAAUCUAAUCUUUGUAGAUUGGCAUUUGGGAUUAAGUGUGUCCCAAGGCAGUUUAUGAAAAGGUUCUUUUUUAAUACCAGCCUGCUGAAUAAGACAGACAUGUGGGUAGUUACGAGGUGACCUGUCCACCUCAGUUGGCGUGACACUGGGGGCUUGUCUCCCCUGUGUCAGGUGUGUGUCAGGUGUGUAAGGU